GCGAUGGCUCCAAUUGAGAGCAAUGGUCCUCUGAUAGCGGGGAUCACAUGGUUCCUCUGCUUCUUCUGCGGUGCCUUUUUGGCACUACGAGUGUACGCGAAGUUGAGUCGGGGACAAAAGCUAUGGUGGGAUGACUACAUCUUCCUAUUCUCGUGGACUUGUCUCUUCGUCGAGUCGAUCAUCACCCAUAUGGGCGUCAACUUAGGUUUCGGCCGUCACUACUACGACAUCACUCCACAGACCAAUCUCUUGACGAUAGCCAUAUACACUUCAGUAGGCGCGUCAAUAUCGUGUUUUGCUUCAACUGGUAGCAAGGUCGGGUUUGGUGUGACUCUCCUUCGGCUCACGACCGGCUGGUUCAGGGUAUUCGUCUGGUUCGCCGUUGCGACCUUGACAGUGGUCAUGCUUCCCAGCGCAACCUUGACAUGGCUGAAGUGCACCCCUGUGCAGAAGAAUUUCAACAGGCAGAUGGAGGGAACCUGCUGGGACGAGUCGGUGACACUUAAUUACGGCAUCUUCAACGCAGCCUGGUGCGCUUUCAUGGACUUUGUGUUGGCGAUAAUCCCAUGGAAGCUCAUAUGGGGAAUGCGGUUGAGGAAACACGAAAAGCUCGGAGUUUGCUUUGCUAUGAGCCUUGGCUGGUUGGCAGGCGUGUGUGCCAUUAUCAAGGGCAUCUAUCUCGUUCAGCUGGAGCAAGGUGACUUCUUUUUCAACGGAAAGGAUGUCACCAUCUGGACCGCCGUGGAAACGGCUACUGCAAUAGUUGGAUCAUCCAUCCCAGUCUUACGAGUUUUCAUCAAAGAAAAGGCAUCUACCCUAGGCUACGAUAACAAGGUCAACCACGAUAAUAGCAACGAAAACUCGAACAACAUCGAACUCAACACGUACCGGAGCGUAGUUACCUCUACAACUGGGAAAAGUACCCUAAUGACGGUAGAUGAGACCAAUCUGGAUUGCGCACGAAACCUCCCACGGAGCGGAAGCUGUCUCUUGGUGGACAUACCAGACUUCAAACUUGAGGGAAUUGUGCGAGCCCGGAGCGUGGAUGAAGAAAGUCAAGGAGGAUCAGACGAUGAUCAGAUUUACAGUAAUGAUGAUCGGAUUAACGAUAAAAGCCAUAAUCAGGAACAGAUCAGAGACGAGCGGGAAUUUUAUGGAAGAGCGCUAUGAUUGUCUCGAGGAGGGGCGCCAAAAGCGUAGCGCCGAAAUCGCCAGUCGCGCAAAUGAAGCAAGUACUGACGCUGUUGUAUUGAUGUCUUUGAAUGAGAGCCACGGCCUCUAACAUCUAAGGCUUGAUGAUACCUGGAGGGUCUCACCUCCGCUAUAAAGUAAUGAUAGUAAUGAGAAUCAUGAAGCAAUUCUACC